AUGCCUCGAAAUAACUAUUCAUGUCAACCGAUACCGAGUCAAGGCUACCAGAGCUCCUUUUUUGAAGCAGCAAUUGAUGCAUUACCCGCAUCGAUAGAAGACGGCCUUGCUUCUUUGUACGACUCAUCACCCAUCCUAUCCACAGAGCCCAAGAUGUCUCAAGACAACGAGACAGCGCCCUAUAAGUCACCACCCAGCGUCACUAGAGUAUCUCCAGGUUCAUCCAAGCAAAAGAAACGAGGCCGAAAGCCUAAGAAGCAGUUGAAGGACGAAAAAGGACAAAAGAACGAGCCUAACGACGAUAAUCUUCCCAAGGAUCCACGCCGACGCAGGAUACUUGAACGCAACCGCAUCGCAGCCACCAAAUGCCGUCUCCGCAAGCUUGACGAAACCUCCGCUCUCGCAUCUCGAGAACAAGCCAUAGAGGAACAGAACCGUUACCUGUCGGCGUGCUACGAAUCGUUGACUGCUGAAAUAUACCACCUAAAAACACAAUUGUUGCGACAUACCGAUUGCAACUGUGUUCUCAUCCAGAAAUACAUCGCCAACGAGGCGAAGAACUCUGUCGAUGCUCUACUCGCUUGUUCUUCGGGCUUCCAACCCUUCGGCGGUUUCAUGAGUCCUAGCUAUGCGAGCUCAAGCGGUUCCAGCAUUGGUGCUUCGUUUAAUAUACAUUGUCCAGAGGCGGAUAGCUUUCCGCCUUCCUGGACAAAUAAUUUUCAGCGAGGACCUGGUGAACCAGAAGUCAGGGACGACAUUUUCGGCAUGGGUUUAGAACCAUUUGGAAAGGCUGCGAUGACACCUGAUUGCAUGAUCUCCACCCAACCAACUCUAAAUCCGCCCUUUGCUGGAUGUGGAUCGGGAGUGUUCCUCAACAUGGGCCUGCAGGAGCAGCAAACAGAUGAUUUUUCCCCAGGCAUUUACUGGGCAUUUUGA